AAAAUUCGGGCCAGAAGUUAUUUUUCUUUUAUCCCUUUCAUGGGCUGGCAGUUACAUGUCGUCGGUCCCGAUUCCUGGAGGUAUAGAGGAGUCCUUCUCCGGCACCGAUUGUCACACAAUCGAGUUCUUUGCUCUGCAGCCGUCGUUGAGAGUGUGGCAGGCACAUCGAGCUCGCAGCACUUGACGAGGAUCCAGGGGGCAGUCCUUCUCGAGUGUUGAUGCGAGACGAACUGCCACGAGAGCUCAGCCCGCACCUCGAAGUGUAGCGCAUUUGGAAUGGUCGGAGAAGCAGCGAUGGCCAAGGAUUGCGAGCAGGAUCUGAAGUUGGAGAUGGUAGGAGAGCCCGAGACAAUCCUGCCUGCCGGUCCUACUCCGGCCACUGCGCUCUUCCUCUCGAACACCGAUCAGGUUCUGGUCAUUCCCGUGGAAACAGUCUACUUCUACCCCGCCAAUCCUGCCAAGCCUGCAGACAAGCUCGUGGAAACUCUGAGGGAUUCUCUGGCGAAGCUGUUGGUGACAUACCACCUCAUGGCCGGCCGCCUGUCGAUGAACGAACAAGAGCAGAGGUUGGAGAUCGACUGUAAUAGGAAGGGGGCGCAGUUCACUCACUACACGAGCGGAGUAUCUCUCGAGGAAUUGGGCGAUGUCACUCUUCCGAACGCAGCAUUCCGAGCUCUGGUCCCGACGAAAUUCGAUGCGACCGUCGUCUUCGACCUCCCCCUCCUCGCUAUUCAGGUCACGACAUUCAAAUGUGGAGGCUACACCGUCGGUGUGAUGAUGAGCCACACCUUGUUUGAUGGACCUGCAGCAAUCGAGUUCUUCAUGAACUACGCCGCUCUGGCCCGAGGAGAGGGGCUCGUCUGUCUGCCCAGCUUGGACAGGACUCCCCUCAAGGCGAGGGAUCCUCCCAGAGUGACAUUCGAUCACCCAGAACUCAUCAAGAUGUCCGAUCUCGAACAGAGCAAUCCGUUCUCGACCGCAGAGUCGGCAUCGGCCGAGGUCGUUUCCUUGGAAGCUCCGAUCAAGCAUGUGACGAAAGUGUUCCCCUUCACCCCAGAGAUGAUCGAGAUUCUGAAGAAGAAGGCUCUGGAAGGGGACGUGAUCAAAAGAGUGUCGACAUUCGAGGUCCUCGCCGCUCAUAUCUGGCAAUCGAGGACGAAGGCUAUCGAGCUGCCCGAGGAUAAGCCCACCAACCUCUUGUUCGCCGUCGACAUCCGCAAGAGAACGAUCCCUCCGCUGCCCAAGCACUAUGCCGGAAAUGCAGUGUUCGCCGCCUCUGCUCGCGACGUACCGCAAGUUGUCAGAGAUAUGAGCUUCGUCGAGGCAGUCCAGAGAAUUCAGGAAGCCAUCGCUCGAGUCACCGAUGAAUAUAUUCGAUCUUCUAUCGAUUGGGGACAGAUCUACAAGGGAGUGCCAGCCCUUGCGGGAGGAUUCUUCCUGUCAGCGUGGUGGAAGAUGCCGUUUUACGAAAUUGACUACGGCUGGGGCAAGCCCAUCUACGCGGGCCCCAUCGUGACUCCAUUGAUCGAGUUCCUGCUCUUGCUCUCGAACGGCACGCAAGAUGGUGGCUGCAACUUGAUCAUCGCGCUGGAGCCAGAGCAAAUGGCCAAAUUUGAGGAAUUCGUCAAGGUCUAUUAGCUUCGGAAGUUAGAUCAUUAUAUCAUUUUUUCGAUCAUUCGUUCGAGCGAGUGGUCAAUUCGCUCGGUGCUGUCGGUGGGGUUCGUUCGGUCCGGAUGCGUCGAAUAUGGAGGUGUGAUGAGAUGAAUGCGAUGGAGCUGAGUGUCUGACUGAUGCCAGAAGCUAGUGGAGGAUCAUAGCUCAUUAACAAUCCUUUCUGUUCACGAGAUAGCAAAUUAGAGUCGGGUCGUCCAGGCGGCCUUGCUGAUAUUCCACGGAACAGGUUAUUUCGAGUGGUUGGGCGUCACUUGCGACCCGUAGUGGCACUAUGAAUAGAAUCAAUAGUAGAGUAGUAGAAGAAGAAUCCAUUGUAUAGGGUUUUAUAGAUAAGCGUCAAGAAAUGAAAACUCCCUCCCCUCAAUUGAAGAGGAUUCAUAGCAACUGGCACAGGCCUUAUUUUGUAUAAACAGAUCUCAUCAUCGGUGAAGCUCGAUGAGGCUUCGCUCCACCAUGAAUUCCGACAUUCUCGGAUCAUGACAGAAAUUCAAGGACCUCUCGGCCCUCCAUUCGCGACUCUGAGUCCUGUCGUUGAUCAGUGUUGUACGCUUCCACGCCCUCCCUCCCUCCCCUCGCCUCCUACAUCUACUAUCCAGAUUCGUGAAGAAGCACACACUGCUCUCGAAUAAGAAUCGACAGCAGUGCCCGCCUUGCAGAAACUCGAUCGUCGAAGUAUGGAAGUUUCGAAGACUCAUUCUCGAAGCUUCUACGGGGCUUCAUCGAUCGAUCGAUGCAUGCGCAAAGGCGUAUAGUUGUCGAUCACGAGACACACAGUGAAAAAACACGCACUGGGUUGAAAAGCUCUCUCCUUCGUUCGCACGGUGUCCACCACUUGUCACAAUGGGAGAUCAGUUCGCCCGCCAGGUUUGUCUGCGUCCAUCCAUACUCAUCCGAGUCGGAUGCGGUGCUGGCUCCAUCUGGCCUUCUCGUUCGCCCACGAACUUUACCCAUACCCAUACGCUCGCUCACUGCCCUCCCUCCGUACUUACAGCACAUGACGUGCGGCGGAAUGCCUCCCGAUGCUUUGCUCGCAGGGGGAAAGCAGCGAGAGACCCCUUCCGGCGGCGCUGGGCCCC